GCGUCCGGGCUGAAGCUUCUGCCGGAGUCCCUGCAGCACGGGUUCCUGCACCGACUGGACGUGCCCAGCAGCGGGCUGCUGUUCUGCGGGCUGAGCCACAAGGCCUUCUACGAGUUGAAGCUGCUGCUGGCGGUGGGGCGGGUGGGCCGGGAGUACCUGGUGCUGUGCCACGGGCUGCUUGCGCCCCAGCGCCUGGAGGCGGCGGUGCACUGGAAGGACGCCGGAGGCGCCCCCACCCGCUGCGGCCGCGGGAAGCCGAGCCUUACGCGGCUCCGAGAGGCCGCCCACGGCUUUUUGCAGGGCGAGGCGGUGUCGCUGCUGCUGGUGGCGCUGGGCACGGGGCGGCGGCACCAGAUCCGGGCGCAUCUGGCCUUCGCCGGCCGCCCGGUGCUGGGGGACGGGAAGUACUGCGCCCAGGAGACAUACCGCCGGGACGGCCGGUGGUGCACGCAGAACUGCCUGCACCGGCAGCGGCUGCGGCUGCCGGGCCUCGAGGCCACGGCGCCGCUGCCGGCGGAGGGCUGCGGCUUCGGGCGGCUGCUGCAGGCCCUGCGCGCCAAAGACGCGGCCUCCGCGGUGCUGCUGCGCCGGGUGUUGGCCACGGGCGCCGCGUAGCGUUCCGAAGCCGUUCCGCCGCCCGCGCUUCCAGAUCUCGGGGUUUAGAGCGCGGGUUGCGCGUGAGGGGCAGAGUCUGGCAGUGCUCACACCUGUGGUU